GAUGGAAGUCCGCUGUUCGGGUAUUGAAACCCUACGCUCCGAGUUCCUCGAUUUCAGUGCCAUGGCGUCGCUGGACGACGAGGGCGACAAUGCGAUCGGGCAAAAGGUGAAGGAUAUGUACUACGAGAUCAUCAAUGGACGAGGAGGGAAGAGGUCCUAUGAAGAGGAUGCCAAUGAGGUGGAGGAGAAGAAGCACGUGAAAAAGCUGAACAAACGAAGGGCCAAGGAGCUGAAGAAGCAACAGAAGAAGCUGGAGGACGAGAUGGCCAAAGCAGAUUCGGAUGAUGAGAUUCCCUUCUUCAUGCAGGAUGCCUCUAUCAAGGCCGCCAUGAGGGAACGUGCUGAGGAGGAAGCCCGGAAGAACAUGAGCAGCUCCUCAUCCUCCAGUUCUUCGUCCGGGAAGAAGAAGCCCGGACGCCUCGGGACGAGCCGCAGGUCGAUGCUUUGGGCGGAAAAGCACCAGAAAGUCUUGAUGGUAUCUCAAUAGCGUUCUUGUUACUAGUAGUAAGGCCAGGAGCCGGCCCCUAAUAGCUUCCUUGCUCCUAGUCUUAGUAGUAUCUCAAUAGUUCAAUCCCAAACAAUGUUGGACGAUGACCUAGGAACUUUGCGAAAGCAUCUGAAAAGCUUCUUGUGUGUUUGACCUUCGUCUCGAGACCAGCUGAUUUGCCAGG